UUCUGCAGAACUGAAGUUUCUCUUUGUGGGGCCAGAUCUGAGCAUGUGGGCACUAUAAAACUCCUCCUUUGCCUGGGGGGCUGGAGGAGAGCAGUCCCUGUUCUGUCCUGCAAGUGCUGAACACGCCAGGGCUCUCCAUCUCCUGCCCCCACAGCUCCAGACACCAGGAGGGGAAGGUGGUGACAUCUGUGGGACCUCCAGGCAGGAAUAAACAUGUCAGCCUUGGAGCUGGGGAGGCAGAGGAGCUGUGCAGCUGUGCUCGGGUCCCUGCUCACUGCUGCUCUCCUGGUGACUGCCCACAGUCUCUGCCCCCCUCCGCCGCGCUCGCCGUCGGCAGAGCCCAAGCAGAGGCUGGAGGGCACCGAGCUCUUCCCCUUUGGCCACAGGAUGGAGUUUGUCUGCAGGCCAGGCUAUGGGAGAAGUGCUCGCACGCCAAAUGUCCUCAUCUGUGGAGUGGACGGGCUGUGGCAUGGACCCAGUGACAUCUGCACACCCAAGGAGUGCCGCUACCCCGGGGAGCCGGCCAACGGCAGACUGGUCCCGCCUGGAGCGUUGACUUUUGGUUCCAAAGUGAACUUCACCUGCAACACUGGGUACAGACUGAUUGGACACUCUGAGAUUGAAUGUGUGCUCAGAAAUGAGGUUCCUACAUGGAACAGAGACAUUCCCACCUGUCAGGCAAUUCCCUGUGCACCCCCUCCAGAAAUAGCAAAUGGGCAGCACAGUGGGACGGACAAGGACCAUUUUCAGUAUGGGGACUCUGUCACCUACCAGUGCCACAGGCCCAGGAGGGGAGAGAGACCUUUCUCCCUGCUGGGAGAGGCUUCCAUUUUCUGCACAAGCAUAGACAACCUGAACGGUGUGUGGAGCAGCCCAGCUCCAGAAUGCAAAGUGGUGACCUGCAAGCAGCCAAGAGUGGAGAAUGGGAAGCUGCUGAGCAGGUACCAGCCUGACUACAGCUUUGGGGACACGGUGGUGUUCGACUGUCACCUGCGCUACAGCCUGAGCGGCAGCGAGGCCUCCACCUGCAGGGACAGCGGCCUCUGGGAGCCCCCCCUGCCCCUCUGCCAGCGCAGCAGCUGUGAUGACCCCCCAGAUGUGAGGAAUGCUGUGAAAACCAAGCUGGCUGGCAACUUGUUCCCUGUGGGCACCGUGGUCACCUACGAGUGCCAGCAGGGCCACCAGUUCCAAGCAGGGAAAACCACCUGGGACAUCAUCUGCCUGCAGGGCUUUGUGUGGAGUGAAGCCCCACCUCCGUGUCAAAGAAUUCCUUGCCCAGAUCCACACAUCCCAAAUGGAAAACUCUUGCACCCAUGGCAAGUGAAAGAGGUUUAUGAGAGCGGGGACAGGCUGGAGGUGGCAUGCAGUGAAGGAUUUGCUCUCAAAGGCCGUGGCAGCAGCGUCACCCUCCGCUGUGGCAGCGAUGGUGAAUGGGAUCCAGCGGUGCCAGACUGCAUUCCAGAACCACGUUGCCCAAAGCCAGACAUCCCUCAUGGAAAGGAGGUUCAUAAAAGCAGCAGUGACUACACAGUGGGGGCCCAGGUGAGGCUGGCCUGUGAGGAGGGCUUUGCCCUCAGGGGCAAGUCCAGCUCCAUCACCUGUGGGGCUGAUCUGAGCUGGGAGCCCGAGGUGCCCUUCUGUGACAGAGUCUGUGGGCCCCCUCCAGAAAUCACCUUUGGGCAGCACUCUGGCAGAGGUGGCAGGGAGUUCUCUUAUGGCACCAAGGUGACAUACAGCUGUGCAGAGGGGCUGUCCCUGGUGGGGGACGAGUCCCUCUACUGCACCUCGGAGGAUGGCAGGAGCCUGGCGUGGAGUGGACCUGCCCCGGAGUGCAGGGCGGUUCGGUGCCCCAAGCCCGUGGUGGAGAGGGGAAGGAUGACCCCACAGAUGUUCACCUUUCCCUACGGGCUGCUCCUGCACUUCUCCUGUGAGCAAGGCUUUGUGCUGCGUGGUGCUGCCCAGAGCCAGUGCCUGGCUGAUGGCACCUGGCACCCGCCCGUGCCCACCUGCCAGCCAGUUCAGUGCCCCAGGCUCCCCAGGCAGGAUGAUGUGGUAAUCAACUUCAACAAGAUGUGGUAUGAGGUGAAUGAAACUGUCACCUUCUACUGCAGGCGUGAUGGGCGCUUAGGGGCACCUUUCAAAACCACCUGCUCAGCUGAUGGCACCUGGACACCACCACCCACGUGUAGGAAAAGUGAUGUGUGUGAGAAGGUUCUCCAAAAUAAAGCAGCUUUCCAGUGUGGAAUUCCUCUGUCGGAUCUGAAGACCCAGCUGGAAAUCCAGAAGCUCCUCCUGGAGAUCCAGAAACUUGAAAAGGAGCUAAAAAUCACCACCCACGGCUGCUCUCAGGGCAGAGGGUCUCUCCUUGCCAGGGCAGCUCCCACCCACACCAUGCCCGGGCUCCUGGGGCCAGGGCAGCUCCUGGCAGUGCUGCUCCUGCUGCUGCAGCCCAGGGGGACUCAGGAGGCUCAGUGUCCCAUCCCUUCCAUUGCACACGGGCAGCUGAGCUCUGCAGAGAACUUCACCACUGGCAGCACAGCCACGCUGCAGUGCGACCCCGGCUUCAUGGGCACUGCCAGCACGGUGCGCUGCACAGCCGGCGGCUGGUGGUACCCACGGGUGCCCUCCUGCAUCCCAGGGAGCGUGGCAGGGCUGUCCCUUCCUGAAGGAGACACCCGCAAGGUACCAAAGCGCAAGAGAAGGAAGAAUCUCACUCAGUUCACAUUCUCUGGGCAGUGUCGCCACCCUCCCUCCGUGGAGUUCGCCGACGUCCAGCCCCGGCGGGAGUUCCCGGCUGGGACCACGCUGUCCUACUCGUGCAGAGCCGGCUUCUCCCUGAUCCCCGGGGUGUCCCCGACCAUCACUUGUCUCCAGAACUUCACGUGGUCCGCGGUGCCCCGGCUGUGCCAGAAGGUGCAGUGUCCCAGCCCGGCCAUCCCCCACGGCACAGAGACCAGCCUCAGCAGAGCCGAGUACACCUUCGGGCACCAGGUGGAGUUCCAGUGCGACCAUGGCUUCAUGCUCCGGGGCAGUGACAGGGUCCAGUGCUCCUCGGAUGGGACAUGGAAACCCCCCGUGCCCUACUGUGACAGGGUCUGUGGUCCCCCUCCCAAAAUCACCAACGGGCAGCACUCUGGCAUGGGGCUGACACGGUUCACCUACGGCUCUGAAGUGAAGUACAGCUGUGUAGAGGGGCUGUCCCUCAUCGGGGACAAAUCCCUCUACUGCACCUCCGAGGAUGGGGAGAACCUGACCUGGAGUGGGCCUGCCCCGGAGUGCAGGGCGGUUCGGUGCCCCAAGCCCGUGGUGGAGAGGGGAAGGAUGACCCCACAGAUGUUCACCUUUCCCUACGGGCUGCUCCUGCACUUCUCCUGUGAGCAAGGCUUCGGGCUGCGUGGUGCUGCCCAGAGCCAGUGCCUGGCUGAUGGCACCUGGCACCCGCCCGUGCCCACCUGCCAGCCAGUCCUGUGUCCAGAACCACGAGUGCCCUUUGGAAGGCUGAAAAGCCCUUUGGGUGAGCAAAGGUGGUUCCAGACCAACGAGACUGUCACCUUGGAGUGCCUUCCUGGCUACCAGCUUCCAGACAAUGCAAUGAUGGAAAAUGCCUGGACAGCCACCUGCUUGCCUGAUGGCAGCUGGACACCACUGCCCAAGUGUAUGAAAGAAGGUGAUGCUGAUGUGUGUCAAGAGGUUCAUUACAUUAAAUCGACCUUUGAAUGUGGUGUGCCUGUGGAAAAAGUGAAAAGUCUGCUGGAAAUACAGAAACUGUUCCUGGAGAUUAAAAAACUAGAGAUGGAACUAGAAAAGUGAAAAGAAACUGGACUCCUGUACAUUCACCUUUCCUUUGGUGAACACAGAGUCCGUGCAGUCCCAGCAUCUCUAAAAAGGUUCUGGGUGAUUUUAUGGUUUAUGUUUGCAUGCCUGGAGCCAGAAAAAAAUAAUCAGCAGUGCUUGGGAGGCUGCUUUUGCUGUGCUGGAUGCCAGAGCAGGGAGUGGGUUUUGCUCUGACCUACAAGCUUGAUUUGCUCUCUAACUAAUAAGCUGUUUCAUGUUUCAUAUUAGGAAGAAUAGAAAGAAAUUAAAUUUAGCAUUUUAAAAUCACUGUCUUAACUGUGGUAAGCUGAGGCAAAAGGGAGUGAAGUCCAGAAAAGCUGAGAUGAGUCCAGAGUUGGCUCUGAAGGUUCUGCUGCCAUGGUUUGGGUACAUUUGGGUACAAGGUUUCUGCUG